GAGGCAACUCCCUAAAUAACCCUGGGAAGCCUGCACGCGAAGGGAAAAAUGGCUGAAUUGUUUUCACCGAUUACUCGACAGGUUUCAAGGGAAAAGUUUGACGCUGGAACCCAAAAUCUGAAAGAUAUUAGGCUCAAGGAUGUCGAGGACUGUUUGAUUUACGACCGUCUUGGAGUCUCUUUCCCUUUCAAGAACUUAUAUCAAGACAGCAAAUCCGUCAUCAUUUUUGUCCGGAAUUUCUUAUGCUAUAGCUGCAAGGAGUAUGUUGAAGAUUUGAGCAAAGUGCCCAGAGAAGCGCUGGAGGAGGCGGGAAUUCGACUGGUUGUUAUAGGUCAGUCAUCUCAUCAACAUAUAGAGCCUUUCUGUUUGCUGACAGGCUAUUCUCAUGAAAUGUAUGUGGACCCCAAAAGAACAAUUUACCUUAAGCUGGGGAUGAAGAUAGAGGAGACAUUCACUGACUCUGCGCUGACCAGCCCCCAUGUGAAGUCUGGUUUAUUCAUGGGCCAAAUAAAGAGCAUAUGGAGGGCCAUGACCAGCCCUGCCUUUGACUUUCAAGGUGAUUUGCAUCAGCAGGGUGGAGCCAUGAUCGUGGGACCAGGCUCCCAAGUCCAUUUUUUCCAUUGUGACAUGAACCGAUUGGAUCACAUGCCCAUCAACUGGCUCCUUGAGCUCGCUGGAGUUAAACAGACCUUUGACUUUAACAAUAAACCUAAAAUUAUCCAUGUGUAGCAUCAACCCCCACCCCACCAGAGAGCUUUACUGUAAAUAUAUAGCUACAAUUCCAUGAUAUGCAACCUUUUCCUUCACUUAUUAUAGGUUGCUAAGCUUGUAUUUCUUGUCAUAAUGCAAUUGCAGCUCAUUUAUAAGAAAGAAACUAGACGGAGGCACCCAAUAUCAGUUUAAGUAACAAAAAAAAACCUUAUAUAGCAUUGUAAAAGAAACCAUUUUUCAGGAUUAUAUCAUUUGUAAUAAUAAAUGGAUAAUCUAGUUAAAGGUGGAUUAUCUGGUGACUAUAUUCAUCAGAGUUAAGAUGUUCAACAUUUCGGUGUUACUCAUUUCUGUCAAGCUGAUGGGAGGCGUUUCCUUUUUUUUAUGGAAGAAAGUAAAUUGAUGUAAGUUCUUGUGAUAUUUAUCUUGGAUCUUAGAGUGAAUGUGUUUCUUUCCGGUCUUUCAAUUUGAAAAAAAAAAACUUUUUUUACUGUAAAGAGUAUUUCCAUUAUUUUCAUCCAUUAACAAGUCUUCUCCCUGGGGCUUUACUUGAACAACACCCCUCAUGUCCCCCUGAAACGAAAGAGUUGCUGUUCUCAGAGUGUUAUGUGAUGCAUAGCAAAUCCAGCAUACCCGUUGUCAACUUGGACACAAACUUCACUUAAUAAUCUGUAUUAAUUUGGUCUAAAUCAGCUAAUUGGUUCGUGAAACAUCCCUGCAGUUGUUUAAGGUGUUUGUAAUGUUCGUUUCUGAUAUCUAGAGUCUGAAGCCGGAAAUGUUGGACGGACCUUUUUUAAAUUUUUUUUUAUUCAUAGCUGCAGGAAUGAGUUCACAGCAAACGUUUUAAAGCUACAUGCUUAAAAAUUGGAAAGAUGACCAAGCACCAGAGAUAAUGAGAUCAAAAUGACCAGUACUAGUUUGCAUGAAUUAUAAUGACUCAAAGAUAAAGAGUACACUGAAUAUUUAAUUUUAUUUUUUUUUUUAUCCAUAUUUACUUGCAAUGAUGUGUCAUCAUUUUUAUAUGCAAAUCUGGAUAAGAUCAGAAUUUCCCUUCUGUCUAUACCAUAGCUGCUGUAUGGUUCAUGUGCUUUUUUUAGACUAUCAAGAAAAUUUUAAGCUAUGACAUUUUUGUAACCAAUUUAUUACAUGUCUGUGUUUUUGGGCUGGUUAUGCAGUUCGUUGCAGGGUAACAUUCACAUGGUCCAAGGAAAAGCAGUUUUUCUUUAGGAUUAUUUUAAGAAAAGCAGAAUUGGACCAAUCUAUGUAGUUCUGAAAACAAACAUCUCAAACUCUGCCCUGCAAAUGUGGUCAUACUGAACUUUAUCAUAUGUUUUCAUAUUUUAACCACAAUCAUCACUUUACUUUCAUUUAUUUUUUUAAUCUACCGACUCAAGUAUUGUAUAACUGUGAAGUGAAAAAUAUGCAUUGUUUUUCAUUUUAUUUCAUGAAUAAAAAUCUUAAAGGU